GUUUAUUUUAACACCCACAUGGCUUGUCUGCAUCCAAAUGUGCAGCAAAAAAUCACAAAUCGUUGGCCUGCGACGGCUGGCACCUUUCUCGGAAGACUUCUUCAGCACUUCCCAGCAGUUCUUUACCAGCUAACAAGCAGAGAAGAUGUACUUUUUUGUGGUUAGGUGUUUCCUCUUCUUAAUUCUCUCCGGGAUUAGUCAACAGGGCGAUGACUUUAACACGCCCAGUUCCGCCUGGUUAGAAUACCAGAGGGAGAGAUUUGGCAUCAUUAGUCCCAUGAUGGUCAGCUCUACCAAGGCACCAACCCUGAAUGUGGAUGUGGUUACCCCAAAAGUGGAGACCACAUCCAGAAAACAUUCUUCCAACCCAUCCGAGAACGCCAGUCAAGAAUCGGAGGAGGAGGAGACCACAGAGCAGCCAUCGGAAGAUGAGGGAAUGGAAGUGCCCAGCGUGCAGGGAUUUUUUAAAUUCCUAAAGACCAUGCAGAAGACCUGGAUCACGAAAUCGGCUCUGACUUUCGGGAAGAAGAUAAAGCUGCUAAAGAACCUACGCGACAAUCUAAUGCGACUAAUUGAGCAACAGUUCGCGGCUAUGUGGCAGCCACCAGAGCGAAAAAGGCGACGACGACGAGGCUUACUGGAUGAUUCCGAUAUAGAUUUUCCGCCUGAGGCGGCAAUCAUGACCAUAAACUUCCUGACAUUCGCCGUUUUUCUCAUCAAACUGGUCAUGCAAGUGGUGAAGAUUGUCAAAAGCAAACAUUAUUCACUUUCUGGAUUCAGCUUUUUACCGGAAACUGCUAGACGUCCAUAAAUCAUUUCAAUGGAAUUACAACUAAAUAAGAUAAUAUUUGAUCAAAUAUAUAGAAAAGGCUUU